UAGAAGUUGUUUUACUCAUUUUUGAGUACCACCGAAUGUUAUUAAAAUUGAGUAAAUAUUACCCAUAUUAUACCUGAUGCGCGAUGCGUAAAAGUUACUCAUUUUCGACUCAAAAAUGAGUACUUAAAGCUUCAAUGAGGGAAUUUCGGAAAAAUUAUCAUUAUUGACUCGAAAUUAUUAUAUUUUGCAUUUUAAUUGAAUUUUAUUUUAAAAAGGCUUAUUUCCAGAAAUUUACCUUUGUUCGCCGGGACACGGGAGAUCUUAGAAUUUAUUCGCCGUAUAUCCAACCAACGAGUCCUGGUGAAAAAGAAUAAUUAUCAUUAGUUGCAGUCAAUUAUUUCAAAUUAUGAAUUACCUACCGAUAACAGCUUAUUUCAAACAUUUCUAUUUCUUCCUUUUUUCAGACGGUUUGCUUGGUUUGCUUUAAAUUGCAAAAAAUAACAAAAACAACACGCAAGCACCAGUUACCCACAUUUUGAGGAAAUUUGCCGCCAUGAUCAAUUCAAUUCUACUCAUUUUUUUGUCUUCGAACAACUGAAAAAAUGAUUAAAAUUCAACUCAGCCGCUGAGUAUCCCAGACUGAGCGUGAAGGGUUUUGACAGCAGUUAGUGCGCUUCCAGGUCAAAACGAGGUGAGCUGGUGGAAUAAAGAAAUUCGCUAACAGAAUGUGUAUACAGACCGUUUGCAGACUUUUACCAGUGUAAGCGUAAUUUUCUCGAGUUGUGGGAAGAUUUUUGCAGAUUUCGAGCAUUUUUAUUGAUUUUUCGAGCAGUUACAGAAUUUUUUGAAUACAUCUGGCAUCUCUGGCGAUACUGGACAAAAUAAAGGAAAAAAACCAAAAACACAUUUCGGGUAAUAUUGGCCCUAACACAAGUAAAAGAUAUUUUUAAGGCUGUUCGCACUUACGCGAAUUCUCAUAUGCAAUUGUCAAUUUAUGUGUGAAAACAAAAGCAAAAAUAUUUCCCUCCUUCACUUUCGCAAGUAAAAACCUAACCAAUAUCAACAGAGUCGUCAGGGCCAAUUUGUUUUACAUACAGAUUCUUCAAAAUAAACAAUAAACGGUCGAUUAAAAGAUAAAGUUUAUUUUUUUCCUCUGUUCCAAAUAUGCAAAGUUGUAGGGUUUGCGUUGAAACCGUUGUGUCAAAAAAUAGUGAAUCAUUAUUUUCGGAUAAUAAUAUGCUGGCCAAUAUAAUUCAAGAAUUAUGUGGGCUUGAGAUUUUGAGAGGCGAUGGAUUACCUGAAUAUGCUUGUGAAAAGUGCUGCUGGAACCUUAAAGCUGCCUUUAAACUUAAACAACAAUGUAUAGCGUCCGAUCGAAAACUAAGAAAUUGUUUGAAGCAAGAAAAGGAGACAAUCGAUACACUGGAAACAGAAACCGAUGCAGUUCCAAUGAUCAGCUUUAAAGUUAUAUAUGAUGAAAUCUUAGAACCAGAGCCGAUCGAAUAUGUUGAUACUGUUCAUCAAAGACCAACAGAAAAGGAAACAGCUUGGGAGAAGCCCGUAAAGUCCCCCGAAAUCAAAAGUGCAAAACUCGAUAAUUUUACUUGCACAACCGUCAGAUGUUGUGGAUGUGAAACUAUUUUUGAAAGCAACGAUGAACUAGUGACUCACUCUAAAAAGUUUCACGAAUCUCAGCGAACCUCCAACGAAGAACGUCCAUUUGAGUGUACAGUUUGCUACAAACGUUACAUCUCUGAAAAAGGACUCAAAUUACACAAGAAAGGAAUAUAUCAUAUAAAACAGUUCCAGUGUGUUAUAUGCGGAAAACGUUUCAACAAUACAAUCAAUUUGACUAAUCACGAACGCAGUCAUUCAAAGUUGAAACCAUUUGAAUGUACUCACUGUCCGAAAAGUUUCGGCUCGCGGUCGAAUCUCCUAGCACACCUUAAGUUACACUCGAUGGUACCUGAACAUACCAAGCACGUAUGUAACCUGUGCGGAAAAGGAUUCAGCCGAAAAAGUUAUCUUAAACAUCAUUUCUCGCUAUUGCAUAGCGAAGAGACUCCUUUUGCUUGCACAUUUUGCUCAAGCAAAUUCAAAGCGAAGGCCAAUCUGCGUUUACAUUUGCGAACACACACCCAGGAAAGGCCGUAUUCAUGCGAGCUCUGUGACAGAACCUUUAUGUAUCCCACCGAUCGUAAAAGACACAUGAUACAACAUACAGGGCAAAAGCCAUUCAAAUGUAAUGAUUGUGAUAAAGCUUUUACCAGAAAGGCACUUUUGAGAAAGCAUCGGGGCUGUCACGAAACAGACGAAAGCGUAAACAUAGCGGUUAUGUAAAUAUUAUUUUGUGAUUACUAUUAUGUACAUAAGUUAUAAAUUCUAGCAGCAAGAUCGAAGUAAA